CGUCUGAGCCUUCUGGGUGAUAUGUGGUGGCGGGAGGAGGUCUGAGGGAGCCAGUGGCAGGGGCUUUCUGGAGAAGAUGGAUUGGGAUUAAGUGGGAAUCAUUAAAUGAGGGUUCUUUGAAAUUUCUUGAUUGUCAGGAUGCGAGGGGUCGAUUAUUGCUGAUCUUCUGUGGUCUCAGGCCAGGUGGGGGUCUUUAUACGCUAGAGAUUUGAACAGCGUUAGAGGCCAGUGAUUGGUACGGGGGCUAAGAUCUGUGAGUCGUCAUAGUUUGGAUACUGGAAUUGGUGAUUGUGGAAACUUUGGGGUUCAUUGAUGAGGGAUGGUGGGGAUCAAUGUUUGGAGAGAUGCUCUGGGCCAUCAGUGAUCCAAACUUCCUGUAGAUCAUCGAUGGGAAGAUCAGAGGUGUUGGGAGGACUUUUGUAGGUCAGGGACUGGGGAAUGGAGGAAUCAGUGGGAGUCAGGGAUGGGAAUUGUGGGGGAGUAGUGGGACUGUGGGAGUCGGCAGCUGAUCACGGGUCAUCAGGAUAUUGAAGAUCACUGUGGUUUCAUGAUUGGAGAUCUGUGGAGUUAUGCUUGGCAGUCAGAUUGGAUUAAUGCACUUUUGUAGUCAUGGACCAGUGGUCUUUGAUGGCAAGGUCUGAACAUAUUUCUGUAUCAUUGACUGCAAGGACCUAUGGGAGUUGGAGAUUGGGGGCCUGUCAUUGGAGACACUGUUUCUUUCUGACAGAGAUAAUGACAUUUCCAUCUGUGACAGCAUUCCAGGAGUGAUCCUGGUUUCUGGAAAUCCGUUCCAACUCCAUGGCAGCUGGGAUGAGUAGGAUCUUGCCUGUGGUUAGAAAACGAAGAGUUUACUGAGUUCCCUGGGUGUCCUGCAGACCCUUGGAUCCUGCCACCUUGCUGGACGGCAACACCCUUCAGCUUCUGCUAGCCUUCAGGGUCACGGGACCUUGGUUACAUCUACCGAAGACUCUGCCAGGGGCUGCAGCUGAAGGUCUUCCUUGGUAGCAGCUUUUACAUCCUGGAAAGUCUGUUUUGUGUGUCCACAUUCUGAAUUGAGUGGAAAAUUCAGUGUGCCCUCUGAAGCUAUGCUCUAAAGGUCUCAGCUCUUUUUCCAAGAACAUCAGAAAAUGAUUGAGCACCAGCCCAGCCAAAAGGCAGACAUAGCCCAUGAUUUGCAUUGUCCAUGAAGAAGGAGCAUAUUGGUAUCUUCAGUGGAAGACUUGCUUGUUGAGGUACUUCUUUCUGAAGAUUUUUCCCCGUGAUGCCUUCCUGUGACUGAUGUUAAGCCGCACUGCUGCUCACAGCGUGGUCCCUGGACAUCUCAAGACAUUGGUAUCUCCUGGAAGAUUGUUAGAAAUACAGAAAUUCAUAAUAGCAGGCUCCACCCUCCAGGUCUGCUCAAACAGUGAGUGGAACCUGGGAAACUGUUUUAGCAAGCUCUGGGUGAUCCUUAGACAUACAAAGGUGUAUGAGAAGCAAUAAGUAAUAAAUGCAGAAACAGGUUUUCUACAGUGGUUUCUCACCGCUUCCCUUGGAGUAGUGUGUUAGCCCCAAUACCGAUCUCCCAGUUCUAAAGGUGGCACAAACCAGCAGGUCCUACCUCCCCAGUUCUGAGGGAUGGGACUGACACAAGGGAAAAUCUAUGUCAUCUAGACUAGGAAGUCUGAGCCAUCUCUGUACCCUGGACCUUUCUGGAUCACUUCUCACAAAAAGUUUUAAAAUGCAUUUUUAAAAAGCUAUCGGAUUACCGAAGAAAUGAAUUAUAUUAGCAAAAUACUACCCUGGGUUAUUCCCCCAUGUCUUUGUUUGUGCUGCUCCUUCUGUGAGGAAUGCUGUUUCCUCAUCUUCCUGCAGAGAUGGCUCAGCUCCAUGUAUCCCUGAGCUCUGAAGCCUAACCAGACCUUGAAAAAGUUAAUGAGCCAUUCUCUUCUCUGUGCAUGUGCCAUAGCCCGGAUGUCCAGUCAUCACAGUUCUUGUGACAACUGUAACCCUGACGGCUUUAUACAUUGCUCUUCCUGUGCAGGCCUUGAGCUCCUUGAGGUCAGGAGUUGUCUGUAACUGUCCCCAGCAACCAGCACUGGGCCAGUCACCAGCAGGUCUUAAGUCAGUGUCUUUGGCUCAUAGUAUAAGUCAUUGGUGGGCUAUUUCCAAUGUGAUUUUUGUUCAACCUACUGUAUAUAGCAGAAAGCCAGAAUUAUAAAAGACAUUCUGGAGAGCUAAAUCCCCAUGGUAAGCUCUGACCUAUGAACAUUGUUUAAAACAUGCCAACAUUCUUCCACAUAACUCAGUGUUAAUCAUUUCAGCUUCAGCAAAAAUCUGUGUCAUUCAAGGAUGUGGUUGUGGGCUUCACUAAAGAGGAGUGGCAUCGGCUGAAUCCUGCCGAGAGAGCCCUGUACCGGGAUGUGAUGCUGGAAACCUACAGCAACCUUGUUUCAGUGGAUUUGGAAAUUGAGGCAUAGAGAGAUGAAGUAAUUUGCCCAGGGCCACCCAACUAGUUCACAGCAGAGCCAGGAUUUGAACCUCAGCAGUCUGGCUACACAGACUGAUUCCUAGCCCUUAAACUGUGCUGCCUCAGUAAGUUUGACUUGAAUUUCAUUGGUUCUGGCUUUCUAAUUCCUUUUGGGCUCUAAAUGAGGUGUGUGUACAGUCUCCUCCCAAGUACAAUGUCUUUUGUGCGGCCUCUAAAGCUGCCUGUCCUUACCCUUGAGAGGCCCUGAAGACCAAGGAGCUCAGCCCAAGGCCUGGAUGGUUUCCCUGGGACAGGUUAUAAAGGCACCAAACCAGAUGUGAUCCUCAAACUGGAGCAGGAAGAGGCCCCAUGGAUUUGUGAGGCGGCGUGCCCAGGGUGCCACUGUCGGGGUGAGUGUGAGAAAUCCAGCAAAAGUGGGAUUGUGGGAGACUGGCACCUUUGAAAUUUUGUUCAGAGUCUUGUUCUUAAAAGCCUUAGAGCUUUGCAAGCACCUGGAGACAUUUCUCUGAGAGCCUUAGCUUUCUUGAUGACCCUUCAAUCUCAUACAUCCCAUUCUCCAUAUCCUCCUUCCUCUACUUCAAGUCUCGCCUCUCCCUCAUGUGGUUGGUCCGCCUCCCUUUCUCUAGAAUCCUUGGUCUUUCUCCUCCUGAUGUUAUCAGUACACCUUUUCUUUCGCAUCCAGGCGUUAAGAGAUCUGCAUUCUUUGUGGAUAUUGUGAUUCUCCUGUCACUGCUAGUUCCUUUCUGUUUUCUGUUCUUCCUUUCCACCUGACUUGCCAUACCCACAGACUCACUUUCCAUCCUCUCUUCAAAUUCAAAUUUCACUCAGAUUUAAGUCACAGAUCACAGAGGAGGAAGCAGUGAACUCCAUUUGGGGCCGGAAGGUGAUCAGGGACAGCUGAGUGCUGGAGGAGAUGGCUGAAUUGAGCCUGUCUUAACCACUUCCACGUCAUACUCAUCAUCUGAACUGCCCCACUCCAUCAGUUUUGUACAAUAUCCUGAAAAUGCCCAUGGCACCCUGAGUGUCGAAGGCCCCCUCUUAGGGAUGCCUCUGAAAUUCCGCUCUCUUUGCAAGUCAGGGGGCUUAUUAACAAGAGUCGGGGCCAUCUGUUCCCAGAACUCUUGAUGCCACUUAUACUUUGAGUUGUAAUCCACAAUUGAAUUAAGUAUUAUACAAACCCCCCAAAAUUAAAGUCAUUUUGAUGCUUCUCCCUAAAAUGACAUCUUUGACGUUAUCACCAUCACCUUUCACUAGUUGUAGUAGCGGCAGCACCACUAGGAGUAUUGGCCCACACUUAAUGCCAGGAUCUGUUCUGAGCACUUUACAUAUAUCAUCUCAUUUAACCCUUACAACAUCUGUGCGGUAGCUAUCCUGUACCAUCCCAUUUACAAAGGAAAAAAACAAUCACAGACAGUAUAUUAGUCAGGGUUCUUCAGAGAAACAGAACCAACAGCAUAUAUGUUUGAGAGAUUAUAUAUUAAUCUAUUAUGGUAAGAGAUUAUAUAUUAAGAUAUGAGAUAUCUUAGUAAUAAGCUAUAAGAGAUUAUACAUGCUUACAUACAUAUAUAUAUACACACACACAUAUAUAAGAGAUUUAUUGUAAGGAAUUGGUUCAUGCAACCUUGAGGGCUGAUGAGCCUGAACUCUAUAGGGUUAGCCACAGGCUAGAAACUCUGAUAAAGGUGAUGUUGAGUCCUUAGUCCAAAUUCCCCAAGGAAAAGCUGUCUGCCUGGAAAUUCUGGCAGGGGUCAGUGUUGAAAUUAAGGCAGAAAUUCUUGCAUCCUCUGAAACCCUCAGUUCUGGCUUUCAAAAGCACCAACUAAUUAGAUGAUGUAAUUACCCACAUUCCUGAGGACAAUCUCCCUUGUUGAGUGUAGAUGCAAACUGAUUGUAAUGUAGAUCUCAUAUACAGAACAUUCACAGUGACAAGUAGGCCAGUGUUUGAUCAAAUAACUGGACACCUGAACUAGCCAAGAUGACACAUGAAUUUAACCAUUACAGAGAGGUUAAGAAACAUGUUUAAGGACAUAAAGCAAGUAAGGAAUAUCUUCAGGCUCCAUCCAGUACCAGUACCCUUACCCUCUAGCCCUCUGGGAUGUGUUUCUCCUUCAUUUGACAUUGCUGAUCAGAAACCUAUCCCAACUGUGGUAACUAAAAGCAACUCUUAGCUGCUUUUCUUUUCUCCCUUUCAAGAAUUUUUUUAGUAACUGCAAAUCCCACAAAAAUGUAUCCAGUCUACCCUCAUUUCUAAGUGUUCUCUAUCUUCUGUUUUUCUGGAUUCAACUCAGCUUUUUCCUUUCAAAGGGCUGCUGCAAUUUCUGUUUUCCACUCUUAGUUGUUCCAAUUGAUGUAACUCUCUCAAACAGCUCACCUAUUUCUGAGACCACAUGAUGCUUACAACUGGCCUCUUUGCCCCCCAUACACCACCAUGCCCCCCAUUUUACCAGCCUGUGGAUCAUCUCCACAAGUAUGUCUCACUUACCCUGCUCUUUGUAUGUCAAACACUGGUCAGCCUGGAUCCCCCUAAAUCCCAACACCUUUUUGUUACCUCUACCCUCCCACACAGGCAUGCCUUCCCCACCCAUCUUGCUUCUCAUUCCAGAGCUUUGCUACCAUGUGCUUAUUUUGAAUCUUCUGCUUCUAUCAUUCUAAUAGUCUUCUAAUUGUUCUAUCUUUAUGUCCUGGUUUUGUUGAUUUUUUUUUUCUGUGGGACAUGGCGUUGAUCUUCCUCUCCACAUUUGACUUUCCACUAACAUCUAAAAUCAGACCCAAAUUAUUUCAGGGGUUCUCAAUUGUUUUGGAUCCUUAGGAGGUCUAGUGAAGCCUUUAGACCUCCCUUUUUUUUAACAUAUAAAAAAAUAAAAUCCAUAAUAUUUCAAGGAAAUAAAUUAUUAAAAUACAGUAAUGAUCAAAAUAGUAUAAGUUAGAAAAUACAGUCAUAAAAUACUUUCAAAAUGUAUGAAAGGGUAGUAGAUGUGCAUCUUUAGACAUUAAAUAAUGAGAUUUAGUAGUCUAAUAACUGUUAUGAUCUCAAAGUAGAGAUAAUUGUAACCAAAUUUUGAAAAAUCUUCAAUAGCUAUAUUGUGACUUUUUUGACACAAAAAUACCAUAUUCACAAACUAGUACAAAGUUACAGGAACUGCUAAUGCACUGUAUUUUGUUGCUUACAUUUAUAUACUCAAAGGAAAUACUGAAUUGCAAUUAGAGUUUAGUGAAAAUAAAGAUGUAAGUUUUUUCUAUUCAAGUUCACCAACCCCCUGAAUUCUAUUCAUCAAGAACCCCUGCUUUAAGUCCUUGUUAACUUUGCUGAUCCCACUUUUUUAUCUGGUUUCCUUUUGAGCUCUCUGCCAUUUGUCUUGUAACUAACUGGCCCAUCUUGAUAAACUUCCUGAUGACUGCUGUAUCAGUGCUUGUGAAACUCUAAUGUGUUGAGAAUCAUCUGGGCUUCUUGUUAAAACGCAGAUUCUAAUUCAGUAGGUCUGGAGAGGGGCUUGAGAUUCUGCAUGGCUUAACAAGUUCCCAGGUGAGGCUAAUUUUGCUCCUUGCAAAACUACUUAUUGAGUAGCAAGGUUCUGUAUGACAUUUAAACCCCUUUCAUCUCUAACAGGCAUUGGUAAACUAUGGCCUACAGGAUGUUUUUGUAAAUAAAAUUUAAUUGGAACACAGCCACAUCCAUAUGUUUAAGUAUUGUCUGUGACUGUUUGUCUACUACGAUGACAGAGUUGAGUAGUUGUGACGGAGACGUUACAGCCGUAAACCCGAAAAUAUUGGCUAUCUGGCCCUUUUAAGAAAAAGCUUGCCAACCUCUCUUCUAUUAUAUCAUUCUAUCUUCUCUAAAAUCAUUUCUCUCUACUCUGUGACUCAUGUUCCAUUCUGUUUGUGCUAUUCUCUACCUAUACAGUCCUCUUCCCUGCAUUGGUGCCUUAGGUUAUGGUUCAGGCUUUCUUUUUAUAUACUGUGUACUCUUUCAAUUUGAGGGCAUUUCUUUAAGUAGUUUUAUUCCAAAUCAUCAUAAUAGAAAGAUUCAUAAGGAGUGGUUCACUGUACUUUCUCCAGAAGACAUCUGGCAAGUUAAUGUCCCAAGGGGAAGACAGCAAGGCGUGCUUUUGAGGCAAGGUACAUUCAUCAGCAAGAACACAUUGCCCAAGGAAAGAAGUCACAAAUGUGACAACGUUGGGAAAAUAUCAAUUCUGAGCACUGAUCUUUUUCCUUCAAUUCAAAGCCCCAAUAAUUGGGACCCAUGUGGAAAGAGUUUGAAAUAUAAUUUAGACUUGGCUGGUUUUAGGAGAAACUCUUCAAAAAAGCAAGAUGAGUUUUAUGGCUAUGGGAAAUUGUUACAACAUAUGAAUCAUGAUAGAAGACUUAUUGGAGAAAGACUCUGGGAAUGCAAUCAGUGUGAGAGAGCUUUCAGCCAUAACCCAGCACUCAUGUGUAAAGCAGCAGUAACCAAUUCUGUUGUGUACAAACGGAAGCGGGUUCCACCUACAGAGAAACCCCACAUCUGUAGUGAGUGUGGAAAAGCCUUCUGCUACAAGUCUGAAUUUAUUAGGCAUCAGAGAAGUCACACUGGGGAGAAGCCAUAUGGAUGCAGUGACUGUGGGAAAGCCUUUUCACAUAAAUCAACCCUCAUUAAACACCAGAGAAUUCACACUGGUGUAAGGCCCUUUGAAUGCUUUUUUUGUGGGAAAGCUUUCACCCAGAAGUCACACCGCACAGAACAUCAGAGAACACAUACAGGAGAGAGACCCUUUGUGUGCAGCGAAUGCGGGAAGUCAUUUGGAGAGAAGUCAUACCUCAAUGUACAUAGAAAAAUGCACACAGGAGAAAAACCGUAUCGUUGCAGAGAAUGUGGGAAAUCUUUCAGCCAGAAGUCAUGCCUCAAUAAACACUGGAGAACUCAUACAGGAGAAAAACCCUAUGGAUGCGAUGAAUGUGGCAAAGCCUUCUAUCAAAAGCCAAAUCUCAGUAGACAUCAGAAAAUUCAUGCAAGGAAGAAUGCCUACAGAAAUGAAAACCUAAUGAUUGUGGGAAAGCCUUGAGAAAGACAUCCAGUUCCAUUGUGUGUCAAGGAAAUCAGCCUGAAAAGAAAUCUUAUCAACAUCAUUUGGACAAAAUGUUUUACCAUAAGGAAAUUCACGCUCCAAUUGUGAUACGGAUUUUUAUAGAAAAAAAUUAAAGAAAAUACUUUAUGACGUGUAUAGAUGGUCAUUCUGGCAUAUGAAAGUUUAAAAAUAUUUUAAAUGGAAUGACGACAAUAUAAGAUAUAGGUAAAGAGACUUAGAGAUAUAUCAUGGUACAUUCCAUAAUGAGCUGCAUAAUUGUAUUUUGGCAUUGUGUGAAUUUAACAUAAAUGGAUCAGACAUAUGCCACAUAGUAUGUAGAAUGCCAUCCACCAAAGUUUUCCACACUGAAUUAUACCAUUGUCUUUUGGUAUCUUAACAAGACAAAAAACCAAUAAGAAAGGAAAUAACAUGGCCAGCUAUUUCAAAGUAACUUUAACAUAUUAUGCCAGCUACAUUUUCCCCACCUUUUUGUAACUGAUGUAAAUGGUCAUAGCAGUUGUUGUUGAGCCUUGUUAAGUCAGCCAAACACAUUAUUAAAGCAUGAUUAUUUGUGUUGAAAACCGAAAGCUAAGGAAUAGAUUAACAAGCUCUUAUUGGGUGAACAAAGCAAAUCAUUGCAAACUUGAUUACUCAUCACACACACUCACUAUUUGACAAAAAGCAAUGUGGCCCUUGUAUAUUGUGCAUUAAUUCCUACUUUCUUACUCUUGCUUAAAAUAUCUUACAAAAAGUAAUAGAAGGGAUGCUCUUUAUAUGGGUCUUAUAAAUCAGACCCAUGGGUCUGUUUCAGGCAGAGACCAAGGAAGGAGAAUUUCUUCUCUUUGUUUUUUGUUUUUUUCUUUUUUAAUUAAUUCAGUGACAUCAAUUUUACUUCCCUGUAAAUUUCCUUGUGAAUGUCCUAGACAUGAAAUCCCAAGUUUUUCAUCAUUCCAUUGUUUGGAAAAAGUCCUCCUCCUUCCUUGAACUGCCAUGUUCAAGAUUUGCGUCCCUUUAAAAAUACCUAAUCCAGAAUGGGAAAGGAGCCAUAGUCACAGAUAUAGAAAUGAUUAAAAGAAUGAUGAAAGAGAUCUCUUAUAACUGUAGAUCCACAUAUUUUAAAACAGAGGAAGUAGAUGUCUUUCUAGCAAAAUAUAAAGAAAAUUGCAAAAAGAAGUAGAAAACUUGAUAUAACGAUUAAUCAUUGAAGAAGCUCAGAUGUGAUUAAAGAUGUACAAUUGAAAAAUGCUUCAGGCCCAGGUGAUUUCAUUGUUAGUUCUAUCUAACAUUAAAGAAGUGCUAAUUCCAGUGUUAUUUAAAUUAUUUCACUCCACAGAUUAAGCUCUCCAAUUUUUUUUAUGAAGUUAGAAUAAGUUUAACAGCAAAACUUAAUAUAAUCUGAAAAAACAAAACUCCAGGUCAAUGUCUCUUUGGACUAGAAACAAAAAUUGCAAUUAAAAUAAUAGCACAUAGAAUUGAGCAAUAUACCUGCAUACAGAAUGAUGCACCGUGAUGACCAAGUAGGAGUUAUACCAAAACUCCCUAGAUAGGUAAAUAAUAGGAAAUCUAUAAAUAAAAUUAUCAGCUUGAAGGAGAAUAAUCAUGUGAACUAUCAACAGAUGCUGACAAGACAUUUAAUAGAAUUUGCAGCAAUUGCUAAUAUAAUAAAAUAUAAAUUGUGAUAGAUGGUAACCACUGUGUUUCUUUGGUAAAGAGAUGAGUCUCUUUAUCAAAAACCCCAAUAGUAAAUAUUAUGCUAAAGUCAUUUUUAAAAACCAGGAAUUUAAUAGUAUUGGAGAUAAGGAUGCCCACUAUCUCUGUUAUUAUUAAAUACUGUCUUGGAGGUUCCACUGAAGGCAAUAAAAGAAAAUUAAAUAAUUGGUAUAAACAAUGGAAAAGAAUGUAAAACUGGCACUUUUUGUUUGUGAUAUGGUUGAAUACCAAUAAAUAAGCAGAUUUAUAAUUUGGGUGGAAUUAACAAUAAUUUUCUAAGGACACAAGGUCCAGAAAUCAAGCGCUUUUCUCUGCACUUGCAGUAAGCACCUCAUAAUUUAAAUGCAAUUCCUAUGGAAUUACAUUAAGUCUCAAUGACUUUUUUUUUUAACUUAUGGAAAUGACCUUAAAGUUCAUGGAAAAAUAAAUGCCUGAGAAUAGAAAAGUAUGAAAAAUAAAAAUAAUGCCAUACCAGAUACAAAAUAUACUAUUCAGCCUUUCUAAUCAAAUUAAUAUUGUAUUGGCAAAGGAAUAGAUAAAUGUGUCAAUGAAACAGAAUGGAAAAUCCAAAAACAGACCCCAGUAUAUAUGAGCUUUUUUGCAUACGGAAAAGGUAGACUCUCAAAUCAAAGGAGAAGUUUAUUUAAAAAGGCUUUCAGUGUGGAAGAAAAUUAAUUGGACCAUCACAAACUAUCCUCAAUAAAUUCCAGGUGGACUUAAGACUUAAAUUUAAAAUACAACAAAAUUCUUGUAAGAAAAUUGAGGAAGAUGCGUGCACAAUCUAGAGUUUGGGAUAGAUUACCUUUACCAACGCAGGACAUACAAAAGGUAUUUAAAAAAUAAUAAAUAGAACUCUGCCUACAUCAAGGGUCCAGGCAGCAAGUUAUACCUCAUGGUGGGAGGCAAUAGCCUCUCUUACUUCCAUGAAUGGGAGAGUUAGAUAGCAACCCAAGAAAACACCAUAAAAGAUACUGAUAUCAAAGACUAUUGUAUGCCCAUCUUUUGUGCAUAUUUUCAGUUAUCUUAAGCAUCUUCAUUCCAUCGUUGUUCUUGGAAAACUUCUCAAUGUAGGAAAUAAACUUAACAUGGUUGUGCGUCUGUCCUGUUUUUGUAACUGCUAUCUCAUAUUAUAUUUAGUAGUGAAACUAAAUGCAUCCUCUAAAAGAAGUUCAUUAUCACACAAGGUAACCAGGUUUUUUGAAAUACUGUCUCUACUCUCUUAUGUCUUGCUUCUCCUUUCAUGAAAUUUUUAUCCUAUAUGGAGCACUACUAAUAGAGUUGGUGUGGGAAACUUCUUUAUUUGCAGUUGUUUUGUCUACUUUUACUGUUGUACCUUGUUUAUGUUUAUUAGGACCAAACAUCAAAGCAUGGCUGAGAGUUUUCAGUAGAAAUGGAAUUACAUCCAUUUGGGAGAAUAAUCAUCAGAUCACUACAAUUUCUAGUUUUGUAGGAGUAUGGCUUGGAGCACUUCCUAUUUCACUAGGUAGGCAAGAUCAUGGCAGGUAUAGCCCAUCUCCUGUACAGCAGGAGCACCCUUUGGCUUUAUGGCUGGCUUUUAUAUUUCACCACUCUGGAUAUACGGGAAUAGAAAGCAAUUUACAUGCAAGAACAAUUAAUUGGAGUAAAUGGAGAAGAUGUUUCUUUGUUCAGAUUCCAUAGUCCAUAAAGAUUGUCAGAAAUGUAUAUGGUCAAAGCAAUUAUGAAAUCCCUGAGAGAAUGUCCUUUCUAGUUGAAAUAAAGUAUUUAUAUUAGAAAAAACAACAACAACAACAAAAAAAAAACACAUAAAAAGUGUGAUCUUUUGAAUGGCAAAAGA